GGGUCUUUCAAGUUUGAAGCCACAGGCCUCUCUCCCACACACAAACCGAAAUGAUAGCUAUAUCGGCUCUCACUCCCUCUCUCUCCUGUCGUUCACUGCGACCCCAUUUCUCUCAUCGUCAAACCCUCCAUUCCAAUCCCAGUUUCUGCCCAAAACCCGCUUCAAUCCAUCCGCAAACAACCCUUAUCCGCAACAGAACCGCCGUUCUUGGAAGCAAUUCGAAUGACCCGAAGGAGUCGGCGUUCAUGGACGAAAACGGCGCCGUCGAUGAUAUGGAUGGGUAUAUGAACUAUCUCUCUCUAGAGUAUGACUCCGUUUGGGACACCAAGCCCUCCUGGUGCCAACCAUGGACAAUAACGCUGACUGGAGUAGUAGGGAUUGCCUCUAGCUGGCUAAUUCUGCACUCCAUACUAGUGACUGCAAUAGUUCUCUCACUUAUUUGUGCAUGGUGGUACAUCUUUUUGUAUUCUUACCCCAAGGCAUAUUCGGAUAUGAUUGCAGAGCGGAGAAAGAAAGUGACGGACGGUGUUGAAGACACGUUCGGUUUGAGAAAUACCCAAUGACAUUGACAGGGAGGGGUGGAGAUGGGGUUGGGACGAGAGAAUUUUGGCUUCGGUAGAGGACACAAUUUAUGUAACCGUAUGCGUUGACCUCACACGAAACUGAUAGUAGCCGGGAAGAGUAUUUGGGAUGUGGAAAUGAUUUAUGAGUACUCAUCUGUAGUACCUAUGCAUAUGCCCGAAUAAACUUGAAACACAAUUAUGUGUAUUGUUCCAACUUCUCUAAUGGAGAACCCGCGCUAGCUAACCUGCUUCAAAAAAUUAA